CGACGUCGUCAAAAACGUAGUGGACAACCCAAUCAAUGCCGAGGUUGUCGUCCUCGUAGCUAUCACGCUUGCCGGAAAAGAACGGCAUUGGCCUGUCCAACUGUACGGGAAGAGGCUCUGGAGGAUGAAGAAAUUUCUGGUCCUGAGUUGUGGGAAGGAUGGAGGAGGAAGAGGGUGACGGAGAUGAGGCUGAAGGCGGACUGAUCGUCCACCGGGGCGCUGAAGUCAUUAUGCACGGCAAGAGAGCAUUUCCUUGCGAAGUUGCUUGUCUUAUGUGUCUCGGAUUCCGAUAGGUUCUUAUAUAUGUACUACUCCAUGUAUGUGCUAUCAAAAGGGGUGUUUCUAUAAUUAUGGCCACUGUCAAUCAAGGCAUCAUCAUUGUGUCCAAUCAGCGUCCAUGGUUCGCGCCAGCUCAGCCCUACAGGGCGUAUUUGAUGAGCCUCAUUUUUCAGGACAAAUUUUCAAAACACAACGAUUGCGUCGAAAUUCGGAGGUAUUAAACAUUGGCAACACCCAGUUCCUCUUCCCUUGGAAAAUUCAACCCCGCAAGAGAGAAAGACUAGAGCUGGACAUUGAUUAUUCAUCUGCCAGUUCAGCGCCCCACUCACUAGCCCGGAUUCGGAAAUCGUUCUCGAUAGUUCUAGAUAAACCACAUGAUCCUACACUGUUAGGGGCAGUCACGUACCGCACGCUAUCAGAAAGACAUAAGACAUACAAUUCAUACAUAAGAGAGGGCAACUGGCGAAUCAAAGAAAUGAAAGCCCCCGUCACCACAAACAGCACCAGCGGACGGAUGAUCAGCACGACCAUGGUUCGCAGGGCAGCCUUGAUAAGACGCCUACAAGCAACAUACUGGCUCAGUGUUCCUAUACGGAGUACGGGACAGGGAAAGUACAUACCAGAGGGACAUGAUGCUGACCGGGCAUACUGCACAUAAUGGCCAUUCUACAUGCAUAUAUACAGACUCGUAUA